UUCCCGUCUUCAGUCUCCAAUCGAAAACUUGGCCAAAAAGCCAGAAGACGAUCAAAAACUUUGGCCGUCGCAGGUUUAAUCACUCACUCACUUUCUUCCUGUCUGGCUCGAUCGCUUGCUCGCUCGCUCACUCUUCGUCCGCAAAAUCCAUCUCUCAGAAAACAUCAGUGUAUAAGAUAAAAUGUCUCGAAGAUACGAUAGCCGCACGACAAUCUUCUCCCCUGAAGGUCGUCUAUACCAAGUGGAGUAUGCAAUGGAGGCCAUUGGAAAUGCAGGUACUGCAAUUGGGAUAUUGGCAAAAGAUGGGGUUGUUUUGGUUGGUGAAAAAAAGGUCACUUCUAAACUCCUUCAGACUUCAACAUCAACUGAGAAAAUGUACAAGAUUGAUGACCAUGUAGCAUGUGCUGUGGCUGGCAUAAUGUCCGAUGCCAACAUCCUCAUCAACACUGCUAGAGUUCAAGCCCAGCGCUACACUUUUGCCUACCAGGAACCGAUGCCUGUCGAACAGCUUGUGCAAUCUCUUUGUGAUACGAAGCAAGGUUACACACAGUUUGGUGGGCUCCGUCCCUUUGGUGUUUCAUUUCUUUUUGCAGGGUGGGAUAAAAAUUUUGGUUUCCAGCUUUACAUGAGUGAUCCUAGUGGAAACUACGGUGGAUGGAAGGCUGCAGCUGUUGGAGCAAACAACCAGGCAGCACAGUCAAUGUUGAAGCAGGACUACAAAGAUGAUAUCACAAGAGAGGAGGCAGUUCAGCUUGCACUUAAGGUGCUGAGCAAGACAAUGGACAGUACAAGUCUCACUUCUGAUAAGCUCGAACUAGCUGAGGUCUUUCUCCUGCCCACUGGAGAAGUUAAGUACCAGGUUCGUUCACCAGACUCUCUGACUAGGUUGUUAGUGAAGUCUGGAGUUACCCAACCUCCUGCUGAGGCUGCUUAGGUAAGUUUCAGCAGUAAUUUGGUAGGUGUAUGUCGUUUUGAGUACUUAUGCAACUUUUUCUCAAAAGACGAUCUUGCUUUGGUUGGACAAAUUCAAUAUUGAACUCUCAUGUUUGAUCUGGGGUAUAAGGCUGAUGAUAUCUAAGAUCUGAUUGAAUUUCUGUGAACAAAUGUUAUUUUGGUGUCCUUAUGCAUUCUCUUUGGAAAGCCUUGGUUGUGCAUUCACUUUCACAUAUAUGCUUUCUUGAUCACUAUCAUGCUUGUAUCCAAUGAUUUUAAUUUAUCGCUAUUCAUGAUUGAGUGUUCUUAUA